UUUAGUGCAUUGUGUUGUCAAAAUGAUUUUAAAAGCUUUAUUGCUGUUUUGCUUAGUGUACGUUACUGUUGGAAACGAUGUGACACUAGAUUAUCCUCUCCUAAAAUGGCCGUCCACAUACUCAGUUGAAGCAACAAAAUAUCAUAUGUCAUCUGGUCUGAUCGAAGACUUUAAAUUCUGGAAAACACCUACAAACUCACGUUUGGAAGCCAAUAAUGGAGCAGUAAUUAAAAUUGCGAUAGGCGCGAGAAAGGGCAAAGGAAAAUAUGAGAUUUAUCCUAUGACAACCGAAGAAGAAACGAACAAGAUGGUGUGUACUAAAAAGAAACCAAUUUCUGUUAGGCCCGAGGAUUUUCUGCCCGUAAUCCGAGAUCUUAAGGUGAAAGGCACUGAAAAUGUACGAGGCAUAGAUUGCGUGAAAUUCACAAAUGCAAGGGAGACCAGAACAGAAGUUGAGAAGACAUUAUGGGCCUAUCCUUACUCUGACAAUUAUACCGACUAUUGGGUCCCUGUAAGAUACAAAACCAAGGAGGUCGAUGAUUGGCACGGAUAUUUAAACAAUUACGAGAUAUGGGAUUAUAAUAAUUUCGAAGAAGAAAUUGAUGUAGGUGUCUUCACCGUGACCUAUAAUUGCACAAGUAAAAAAUAUGGAAAAACUCCCAGAAAAUCCAGUGGUAACUAUCUACUGACUUUAAAUGCCGAAGAAAUCGAGGCAUUUGAUGAUGCAUUUACUACGUAUGUACGGCAGUUUGGAAAACAAUAUGCCACCAAGGAUGAAUAUGAAAUAAGGAAACAAAAUUUCUACAAAAGUUGGAGAUUAGUAACUAGCACAAAUCUUAAAAAUCUGGGUUAUAAACUAGCACUAAAUACACUGUCCGAUCAAAUUGAUGAAGAAAUUUCCAAGUACAGAAGGCCGAAAAGUGAACCUAAAAUCGAAAACAUACCUUUUCCUUACUCAGAAGAGCAAAUUGAACAGAUAGCAACCACUGUGCCGAAGGAGUAUGAUUUGAGGGUGGAAGGACUUGUGGGUCCUGUGUUGGAUGCGUUAAAUGAAGGAUGCGAGUCCGAAUGGGCGUUUGCCGUUACGGCUGCCGCGGAAGGAGCUCUUGCUCGUAGCAACGGAGGUACUUGGAUAAAGCUCAGUGAACAAGCUCUCAUAGAUUGUUCUUGGGGAUUUGGCAAUAAAGGUUGUAAGGGCGGAAAUCAUACCAAUUCGUACUCGUGGAUAAAGAAGCAUGGAUUGCCCUUGCAACAACAUUAUGGCGCAUACACUAACAAGAAUGGAUUUUGUAAAUUGGAAAAUAUGACGCAGACGUAUAAAAUCAAAGGCUACACGGAGGUUACUCCUAACAGCAUCAAUGCUCUCAAGAUUGCUUUGAUCAACCACGGCCCUCUAACGGUGAAUGUGAAAGCUGGAUACGGCUUAAUGAUGUACGAUGGAGGCAUUCUUUACGACGAAACCUGUGAUAUGCUUGAUGACGAUGAGGAUGAAGAAGAAAAUAUCCCUAUGACCCUAGUUGGUUACGGUGAAAAGGAUGGUGAUACCUUCUGGAUCCUUAAAGAGUCUAACGGUCCAUACUGGGGUAUUGACGGUUACCUCCACAUAUCGGCUAGAGACAAUAACUGUGGCGUUAUGAAUGAAGCUACUUAUGUUGUUAUGUAAAAAAAAUAACAACAUUAAAUGACAAACGACUAGGAUUUGAUAUAAGUUUAUGUUAAAUUUAGUAUUGUUAAACACACGUGGAAUGUAACUAGAUUAGGCAACUGAAAAUAUUAUAAUUAUUAUUGCAUUUUA